AUGUGGCCUUUGGAGCCCAUGGAGCACCCCCAGUGGAGGCGGUCAGAGUUGGAAAGUGACCUGCAGAUAGAGCCGGCUGCUUUCAAGGCUUUGUUCUCCUCUGAGAAGCCAAAACCGGAAGACGAGAAUCUCAUUUUCUUCUGUCAGAUGGGCAAGCGGGGCUUGCAGGCCACGCAGGUGGCCCAGAGCCUUGGCUACGAAGGGGCUCGGAACUAUGAAGGUGCCUAUAGAGAAUGGUUCCAGAAAGAAGGUUGGGGAGAAGAUGGCUUACUGAAUGCUCCCUCCCCCCGGCCCAUGGCUGCCUUAACUAAGAGUGAUGAAGGGGCUGACUUAUUGGGUUGGGCAGCUUCCCAUAGCUUUGUGCACCAAAAGCAACAAAUAAAGAGCAUUUAA